AUGAAACUCGGUGCCAAGGACAACUGCAUUCUGAUCCUCACCGCCUUUGGCAUGACGCCCUUGGCAGGGGUGCUGCUCGCUGAGCAGUUGAUGCCGUUGGUCAUUGUUGCCGACCGAAUGGCAGACACAGGUAUGAUCUCGGAGCCCUUGGCGGACAGCUUGGUUACGAGCUACGGGUUCAUGAUUGGCUUCUCCUGGGAGAAAGCCUUUGCGAGUGCAUCGAAUCUCCUGAUCGGCGAGUACUUCGAGGGCAGUAAGACCGUCCGACCACAUGGUCCAUACGAGUUCUGGACUGGCCUGGGAGUGUGCGCAGCUCUCGUUUUGGUGAUGCUUCCCGGAUGGCGCUUCCUCAUCCUUCCGCAUGCGUUGCGGCCACUUCCUCCACGCGCACACUGGUACCACGGCGCCAUUUGGAAGGCCAGGGAAGUUGAGAGGUCCUGCUGCCAAGAAGGCAGUAAGGACUGCUCGGGGCUGUGGCUACAGCCUGUGGCGCUGCUUGCUGUGGUCUCUCAUGUCUACCUGCCGGAUGGUCAGGUCGUGCUUCUGCUCUUCGUGCAGUACCGCUUGGAUCGCCUGGACAGUUGCGAAGAAGAGUUCAACCCACAGAUGUGGCGUGCUCCCCUUGGGAUAUGCUGGCUGGCCCAAAGUCUCCUCGGGUCGACUUUCCGCCGCGCGCAUCGGUGGCUGGAAAGCUGCCUGUCUGUGAGCGGCGCCUUCAAGCAAGGGGAGCUCUUCGAUGAUGUGGUUCACUGCUGCUUUUGGACUCAGACCUUGCUGUACCGACCAGCCAUGCAAACCUUCGAGCGCAGGCUUUGGAGACGUCUGGCAGCGAAGAAGCUCAAGUUCAGCUCCGAGCUGCAUGUUUUAAACGUUUAUGAGUUUAUGGCUCAGUAUGCUUUUGAGGAUGCUUUUAUGAAGCUUCGACCUCCAAGGCUACUGACAGCUGACGAGAUCUACUCGGUGAAGGAGGCUUUAGAAGAAGGCCCUGUCCUUCAAAGCGACCUCGAGCUGGAGAGCGAUAGAAUAAUUCCAGAAGGGACCAAGGUCUUGAACUCCUGGAAGGACCCCGCCGUGCGUGUGAUCUGCAGGGACCUUGGUACACGCUGCAGACCCGCGUGGCUGGCUGUCUGCGAAGCAAUGGACGCACUGGCCCAGUGCUUUUGUGGGGAUGGCAGCGGCCCCAGGUCGACCCUGGCCCUUCAAGCGAUGAAGGACCCCCUCCUGGAUAUCUGGCGCGGUGCUAAGACGUGCUAUGGCUCCUUUGUUGUGGCUGGGGAUCACGACUCUGAGGGUUGCUGGCUCAAAGUAUUUCCGGCACGAGAAAGAAGAAGCCCGGAAACGAGAAACAUCAUCAACGCCCUUCAUCUGCCUGCUGCCACGUUUUGCUGCGGCCACAGGUUUGCAAACCGGGUGGUGCAGUUGUUGGGCACUCGGUGGUGCUACCAGAAAGCCAAGACCCACUCGAUUUCGCGCGACACUGGCGAGGUCGAGUUUGCAGGAAGCUCGGAUCAAUGCCAUGGCGACUGCGUUGAAGGUUGGGUCGGUCGUGAGAUCGUUGCCAACAUGAUCAGCGGAGUUGUUCUGCAUUUGACACAGCCGUUUGCUCAAGGGGAUUGGGUAUCCCUGGAUGGUACAUCCAUAGACGGAUGGGUUCAAGAUGUGGGAACUUUUUACACGAAGAUUGUGCAAUGGGACAAGCGGCCCAUCUACGUACCAAACUACAAGCUCAUGUCAAUGAAUGUGCAGAACAACUCCCGCAUGACGCAUCGCAGAAUCAAGUAUGACCUGAACAUGAGGCUGCAAGACAUCCCGAAGAUUCCCCAGAUUGUCCGGGACAUGCAGGAUAUGAUCAACGAACACGAAGACAUUGACAACAUCCAGCACCGCUUAGUGCGAUGGAGGGGCUUGGGCGAAUACGCGGCCAGGGCCUUUCACAGUUGA